AUGGAUGAACGAGUGAGGUUACGUGUCAAGGGCCAUGAUUAUAAACAACGGCAAGCGGGGUUUCCCAGUGUCAUGAGGUUGUACGAACCUGCUGUCAGUACCAAAGGCAAGGUCAGGCCAGUCAAACCUAGUGCUCCUGUGUCUCGAUGCGAGGUUUUGUGUCAUGUAGAACUUUGGGUAUUCCGCGUUGAAACGUCGUACAUUGCUUUCACGCCCACUGAUUUGCUCGAUUAUGAGACCUUUCGUAUCGAGGGAAACUCUUCGGCGCCGCCGACAAGGCGCACGAUUACAGAUCCAAAGGUCGGUGAUGAUACUUUGCUAGAGGGAUGUUGA